GCAACAUGUUCGUGGUGAAGGAUUUGCGCAAGGUGCCCGAGAUCGUGGCCGACCCUGCCGAUGAUCGGGAACAGUUGCGGCUCGGUCGACGGUCCACCGAGUUCGACGGCAACCUCCGCAUCUUGUGCAGCCCUGUGAACAUCCCAGCCUUCUCUAGACUGCAAAAGCUCUCGCUCUAUGACAACCAACUCUCGUCUAUCGACGGCAUUGGUUUGCUGUCGUCCACUCCGUUGAGCAUCCUGGACUUGGGCCAGAACCAACUCGACCACCUUCCCCACGAGAUAGGAUCGCUUCGCCACCUCAAGGAACUCUGGUUGAGCAACAACUGGCUCACGUCCGUCCCGGACUCCGUGCUCACGCUUCCACUGCUAUCGAUCCUCCAUCUGUCCAACAAUCGCAUUACCCACAUCCCUUCGACCAUCGGCGCGGCGUCGGCGCUGCAGGUGCUCUCCCUCGACAACAAUCAUCUACAAGACGUGCCAGUCGAGAUUGGCCAAUGCGCCGACCUCGUCGAACUCAACCUACGAGGCAACCAGAUCACAGCGCUGCCGUCCAGCCUGGGAGAGUGCCGGUCGUUAACUACCCUUGCCGUGAGCUCUAACGCUCUGAAAAUCCUUCCCGAGAGCUUGGGAAAGUGCCGACAUCUCACUGCCCUUCAUGCUAACGGCAACCCCAUCGCGCACUUCCCCACUGCUCUUGAGCGAUUUACGAGUAAGUACAGACUAACUAGUAUUAUCGCCGAUAGUUAGUUAAUACGCGUGAUUUGGCUUUUUUUUUUGGUGAUUUUGGAUGGUUUUUGGCGAUUUUGAACGUUUUUUGGAGAUUUUGGACGAUUUUUGGUAGAUUUGCGCGUGAAUUUGGCGAAUUCGGAGAUUACGACGUUGCUCGUGGACGAAACGAAUUGGAAAGUGCUGACACAUUUGCACGUGACGACCAAAGAGUCGACGGCGUCAGUGGACAGGAACGUGUUAAUCGUUAGUGGCACGCCGUAUGCCAAGCACAAACUAACAGUUAAACAACCAUCCAACUAAACAACCCAAAACAUGCA